AUGCAUUUGACAACCACGAGCAGCAACUCGACGGCAUCGAAUGCCAAUAGCAACAACAACAACAAUAACAGCAACAACAAUAAUAACAACACAGCUAACAACAACAACUCCAGCAGCAGCAACAACAACAACACAAGCAACACGAAUGGCUCCAACAACAACAACAACAACAGCUCAAGCAGCAACAACAACACCGAACAGAACACGCCCCCAACACCCGCCCAGCUACUAAAUGAGGCAUACACCAAAAUGACCUCGGACAUAUUGGCUGAACGCACCUUGGGCGAUUUCCUCACCGAGCAUCCCGGCGAGCUAAUAAGAACAAGCAGCCCGCUCUUCGUCUGCACCGUCCUGCCACCGCACUGGCGCUCCAAUAAGACACUGCCGGUGGCCUUCAAGGUCGUCUCCUUGGGCGACAUCAUGGACGGCACCAUGGUCACGGUUCGCGCUGGCAACGAUGAGAACUACUGCGCCGAGCUGCGCAAUUGCACAGCCGUCAUGAAGAACCAGGUGGCCAAGUUCAACGAUCUGCGAUUUGUCGGACGCAGCGGCAGGGGAAAGAGCUUCACAUUAACCAUCACAGUGUCAACGAAUCCACCACAUAUAGCCACAUAUAACAAGGCGAUCAAAGUAACCGUCGAUGGGCCACGCGAGCCGCGCUCCAAAACCAUGUUAUCCCUUUUAGGGCAACAACAACAAUUUCACUUCGCAUUUGGCCAGCGACCGUUCCACUUCUCGACGGAUCCCCUAUCCGGCUUCCGGAUGCCGCCAAUUGGCAACUGUCAGAGUGCCAGCAACACGCAUUGGGGCUACGGUUCAGCGGCAUCUGCAUACUCGCCGUACUUAGCUAGCAGCGGACUAUCCUCCUGCACUACGCCCACCUCAGCGCAGUUUAACAAUCCAGCGUUGGGCUUCACCUGUUCCUCCAAUGACCAAAGCAACAAUCAGGACUUUGGGGGCGCCACCAAUCGCGACUGUGUGCCAAUGCUGCCAGACUCGACAGCCAGCGAUUUGGAUCAGCAUCUGAGCAGUCUGGUCGGAUCCUCCAGUGGCCAGAUGUCGCAUCAUAGCUUGUUGGGCGCCAGUGGACAGACAUCUAUUACAUCGACAGUGAAUGGGGCGGGCGCCGGCAGCGGGGCAACCGCAGGAAGUGCCACGGGCGCUGGCGGCGGCGGUGGUGCCAACUCGAUUCUGGUGCCACGAUAUCAUACCAACGCCAGCAAUGAGUAUAACGUGCAUUCCAGCCAGAACGGACCGCGCAGCCUGAGCGACAGCUCGCAGGCCGAAUCGCCGGUGCAGGAGGAUCUGCUGUCCACCAACACACCCAACUUGGGCAGCGGCAGCGGCGCCGGUGCGAGCAAUGGCGGCGCCGCCAACGGUGCUGCUAGUGCUGCAGGCGGUGGCAGCGGCGCCUCAGCGGGUGCUUCGGCUGGCGCUGGUAAUCCCGCCAUGCUGGGCGCCAAUCAAAACUUUCCGGGCAUUGUUAACCAGGCACAGCAUGCCUCUGCCUCGGCGUAUGGCGGCGGCGUAGGUGUUGGCGUGGGCGGAGGGCAUGGCGGCGGUGCUGGGGCCACAGCCGCCGGCUGCAAUGGAUCGCUCUACCCGGUGCUCCCAGCCAGCCUGCUCUACUCGCAGCUAUAUACUGCCGCCAAUCAGUCGGCUCACGGCUUUCAUUCGCACACGCUGCCGGCGCAUGCGUCGCCCAACUCCUCCGUGCAUGGGGAGCUGCAGAGCGUAAUGGAUCACAUCAGCAAUGUCGGCGUACGGCAGCAGCAUAACAUUAUGACCGGCGGGGGCGUGGCGCAUCCAGGCGAUCUGACACUGAUUGGCAACUGCGGCGCGUCGGUGAGAAACAUCGAGGACGGGAACACAAAUCGUCAGGUGGCCGCGCUUGCUGCCCAUCGCGGCCACCACAACCCAACUGACAACGGGGGCAGCGUCUGGAGGCCAUAUUGAGGUCAGGUUCUGUGGUGCGGCUCCGCAGUUCUUUAGUGCCACGAGCACGUCGAGGGGCGAGCGGCGGAGAAGCAGCACGAGCAUUUGCAAGACAGUGGGAAUAGGUACUUGGGUGGGGAUAUGGGUGGGGAUGGGAAUGGGACUGGAAGUGGAAGUGGGAAUGGGUGUGGGGGCGUGGGU